AUGGUUACGCUAGGAGAUCUGGAUCUCGGGAUUAAUUGGCUGUCCGGGCCGAUUCCUGCUGCCCUCGCGACGCUGCCAAUGCUUCAGGGGUUACUCUUAAACACGAAUCGAUUAUCUGGGGAAAUUCCGCCUGCGCUGCUGAAAAAGGAACUGGUGGCACUUGUUUUAGAUCGGAACCGGCUAUCUGGCGAUCUGAGCGGGCAGCAAAUAAAAGCUGCUCUCAUUGGCUUAAGCCGGAACAAGCUGACCGGCAACUUCAACAAGAUCCGGUUCAACGAUUUCCUGGACUUCAUCGACGUUUCAGAGAAUCUGUUUUCGGGCACCUUUCCUCAGAUCCUGUGCCGUUCGGGCAACCUUGGUAUCGCUUAUUUUUCGCACAAUCGCCUGACUGGAGCCGUUCCGGCGAAUUGCUUCAAGACCGCGAAUCCAAUGCAGCUUGGCCUCUUCUUAAGCCACAACAAUUUAUCGGGUAGCUUACAGCCGUUUUCGAACCUGCCCAAGGACAUUGUUGUGGUGGACCUGGGAUUCAACAAAUUUACAGGGAAAAUUCCCCAAGCCCUCACCACUUUACCUAGGCUAUACGACUUGGACCUAGGGGCAAACUCUCUGACAGUCCCUAACCUUCCUCACCCUAAAUCUUCCUUGUCAUGGCUCUGCUUUACCCUCCACUAUCUCUCCUCUCCCUGCUCCUCGCCCCAUUCCCUACCAGGUCCCAUUCCCACCUUCUGCCAGGCCCAGCAGCCCCUCACCUUCCUCAAUCUCGCCUCCAACGCCCUCUCCGGCCCGCCCACCCCGCUCUCCUCCCCCUCUUGUUCCGCCUCCCUCGCCCUCCUCUACCUCUCCUCGAACCGCCUCUCCGGCCCCAUCCCCGAUACAAUCAGCUCCUUUACCCGCCUCAAGCGCCUUCUCCUCGACAAGAACGCCCUUUCAGGAUCAAUCCCAGCUGGUGUGAGCAAACUGCAGCGAUUACAGGGACUCGGGUUAUCGUAUAACAAGCUAUCGGGAACAAUUCCCGCGGUUUGGCCCGCAGGCGUACGAAACGUGCUGCUGGCGGGAAAUCGGCUGUCAGGGGCUGUUCCGGCUGCUCUGAGCAAGCUGAAGCGAGGCUCGUUCAAACCAGGGAACCCCAACUUGUGUGGGAAACCGUUGCCUGACUGUGCAUAG